UGUUGAUUAGAAAUUUUAACAAUGGAAGUGAGAUUCAACGCCAAAGUAGCCAAAGGUUAUUCCCAAUCUUCCUGGCCGAAAACGAAAAACCUCCGGGACCAGGGAACCGUAAAGGUUCUAGACAAGGUCAUGGGGAGACAAUGUUGAAACUACUUGAUCGUAGAUUACCCCCCUCGCUGCGCAAUAAAGGAUAAGAUUUAUUUUGGUUUUUACUUCACUAAAUGAUUUUUUGUUUAAACUAUAAUCAUCUUUCUAGGAUAAUUCGCGAAACGAAUGGGUUUUCAAAAAAGCUAUCGCAAUUCAGACGUAUCAAAACUAUCAUCCCAUUCCACUACCACUGAAUAUUUUUACUAUUCCUGCUGUAUGGAUAUACAACCUUUGCAAAAGAAAGGCGGAAGAAACAAGUCAGUUGGACAGGAAUUUACACCAGGUAAGUCGUGUUUGAAUAAUUUCUUACACGGUCUUUUGUCGUCACUGUUUUGUUAAGGUGACGUUUCCCAACUAACUCAUAGUUCUUGUUUGAUCUUUUUUACAGCUUAAUUUUAUGUUGCAUUCAAUAAACAAAUAAAUUGAUUAUAUAGCUGGUAGUUAAUCCGAUAUUGUCAGCAUAGGUUUUAUGCUUUAAUUUUUUAGAACUGUUGAAUUAAGGAUUAAUUUGGACAGUUUCAGAUAGCAAUUUUCUUUGAAAAAAGGCAAACUGUCCAAUGGAGGGAAAAAUUUUAAGUGCAGUUUGGCCAAACCAAUCUAAUGCCAGAAAAUACAACAAGCAAUACAAACUAGCCAUUCAGCGCACAGUUCCUGAAACGACGCGCCAGAAACUCGGUCUCGUUGGCUAAUGGCGGUUCCGUCGUCGGCGAAGGCUCCUGUUGUCACUCUUUUAAAAAUGCUGCUGUUUUGUUUUGGUUUCUUGUUAGGGAAAAUAUUUGACCAAACUGACAAAGGUUUGUGUUGAAAACCUGCCCGCAUUCGCGGCGUAGCAACUACAAACGGUCCUGCAAAUGUGCAAACACUGAAAAUUUGAAGAAGAAGAAAACACUGUUAUUUGUGUUUUUUGGCCGGCUUUCAGCUGCUGACAAAGUCUACGGUCAGCGAAAUAGAACGAAAAACAAGUACAUCUCGGAUAUCAAGUAUGUUCGCGGUUUGUUCCAUGGUUCGACACGGGCAUUCCUGUUUUGAACAUUUUCAGACAGUUUUGAACAGAAACGUUUUAAUUUAAUAAGUUUUUAGUUUGUUAGCUUUUGUUAUCGAAAAAUGGCGGACAUUGUUUAAGGUGAUAGACGCAAUCUUUAUUAUCAACAGUUUUCGUGUGUAAAUUUAGUAUUUGCAUUGUUGGUUUUCAUUUGAAGCACCGUAUCAUUGACAGCCAGCGUUUUAUAUAAUUUCUGUGAGACGCUUAUAAAUCUGGAAACCAACUAGUCAGCUAUAUGAUUAAUAAGUAAGAGAACUACAUGCUUGCAAGUCCAAUUUCGAAAUAAUUGGAUUCGAGAAAUUAAUUCCUCUGACUUUCAAAUUGGACUCGGCCAUAAUUUUGGCUGUCCUGGGAAUUUUUUUUUUUUAAUUCUUCCAAUUAUUUCCAAAUUGGACAGUAUGUAGUCCUUUUACAUGCACAAAUUGUUAGUCAUCUGGCGUGCAAACAAAAUUGUAUUCCAAUGAGCCACGCGCUUGGUUAUCUUAUGAAGUCAAUUCUCCAUUUUUUUUUUUUUUUUUUUUCUUAUUGUAGAAAGAAUUAUGUCGUUAUCUAGUUGUCCACACAGAUUUAUCACUUUAAUUUAUACAGCAAGGUCAAGUAGUCUGAUUUAUUAAAAAUCAAGCUUUGCACUUGUGGAUCGUGAGAGGCAGAGUUUGCCGAUCCCGAAAAGUGUACUUGGGAUCGUCCAAGUGAAAAGUACCUCAGUAUCUUUUCAGAGUUUACCUUCUGUGCAGUCACUGUCUUAGAAUAGGGAACUUAAGAUAGAGACGUUUUCGGGGGGACGGCGACCGGACUGGCAGAGCAGGCCUGGAACAGAGGCAGCCGUCGCUUCCCUCCAAAAGUCGAACUUUAAGAUCGCAGUGAGCUCAGGAGGACGGCGCCUUGGAAGACUACCGAAGAGGAAAAUAUGGCUUCACAUAAAGAAUUAAGAGAAUUAAUGCUUAUUUGCUUGCAUGCAACAACAAUAACAACAACAACAACAACUUUAUUUUAGUAUUGCCACGUUAGUACGUGGUAUUACCUACUUUUCUAAACAAUUUUCAAUACGUUUCAUUUAUACGAUACUCUAACGGAAAAAGUGAGCUAAAAACACACAAUUAAAAUAUCGGAGUUUACACUUUUUGUCUGGAUACUUUCAUUUGGCUCGUAGGACAAUUUUGUCCAUGUAAAGAUCACUUACGGUUUGCUGUUUGCCAGGAUAUUGGAUCAGAUUGGAUCUUGACUCUGUGACAUGAAACAUAGAAACAUUAUAAAGAUGUAAGUUUAGAUAACAGAGCUUGGAAAUCGAGCUUGAAAUGUGACUCAAAGAAAACAAGGACAAUUGAAGAACGAUAGUCUGCAAAAUUCUGGUUGCUAAACGCAACAAACUUGAUUGAAAUGAAAGUUAAAUACUCACGUUCUCGCCACAACGUCAAACAGAACAGUUUCACGUCGCCGACGGGAGCGCGACGGUAAUGUGGUGAGCAAGAGCAUGCGCAAUAUUGCACAAAUCAUGACGUCACGUCCGGUUGAAGUUGCCGUCGCCCCGAAAACGUCUCCAUCUUAAGUUCCCUAAUAAAAACGUAGCAAAACUUAAUGACAGAUGUUACUGUUAGUUUCCAGACUCCUGGAGUCUGGAUAUUGGUGUCCCAUAGCGCACAACAUGACGUGUCCACGCAAAGCUGUAAAAAGGUGCUGGGGUGAACAAAUUCUCUGAGGAUCUCGAAAAUACGAAAAAGCGCACAGACUUGUAUCUCUGCGAGACUCUUUUCAGAUUCUGGACUUUGUAUAGGUAAUCACAUGAUUUCGAGUGCAAUUUGGAAUAAAUAAGCACGAGUAAAUUUUUCAAAGACCAACAAAAGUGCACGAGCCCGUAGAGCGAGUGCACUUUGUGGUUUUUGAAAAAUUUACAAGUGCUUAUUUAUUCCAAAUUGCACGAGAAAAAUCAUGUGAUUAAUUAUUAAUAAUAUACACGAAAAACAUAACUACAACAACAAGUUUUGACAGCGCGCGCGUUUUUAGUUCAUUCAACUGAUUGGCUGAAACAGACUACUACCUUUGUCAAAUUCAAACUUCAAGACCAACGCUUUCAAAAUCAUUAAACUAAGAACUUGGAAAUAUGCAAGGAUUUUUUUAUAUGGUCACCAGCCUGUUAAAGAUAACUUGGUUUACAACAAUCAGCAAAAGUAAGUGUUUUUAAAUUCAUCCUCGAUUAUGAGAGCUCGGCGUUUACAAGAAGCGUUUUCAAGAAGUAUACUGCCGUUUUGAAAUCAGGGAGAACGCUUCGAGCAGCCAAAGAUGAAAGACACUUGCUAAGGGUUUUUAACAACUGUUUAUCAUUGUCUGUUCCUGAGACCCCAUCAUAGCUGGAUUCAUGGACAAAUUUUUGAGAUUUAAAACCUGAAAAUGAAGGAGGCAAUUUGUUUUCUUUCGACGCUGCCAUCGAUUGGUGAGUGGAGCCACAGUUGUUGUGAUGUCGGAAACUGCCAGUAUUAAUAUAAUAUUUGCUUUUUCUCAGCGCCGGAGUUUUCAUUAUUUUAUUUGGCCUACUGCAAGAGUCAUCGUAGCUCUUCUUCGUCGGCUUCAUCGUAGUCAUUAAGGAAAUUUAUACCACUGUGGCCUGUGACACUGACGACAUGUUCUGAACCUACAAUCUUUGCUUUCUUCAGCUUCCUGACUGUUGUUUUUCUUGCACAAUGAUUCGUAAACUUUUUUCUGACUUUCUUUAAGGCUAGUACCAGCUACGGAUAAUUUCAUUAUGUGAGUUAUGGUAUUUUCGCCCAUUGGUUUAGUUUGGACCAGAUGUUUAAAUUUUCGGUUUCGUUUGCUACUGAGGUAGAAAAAAAAACAGACCAUCGCAUGGAUGUUUUAAUAGAGGUCUUCCCUCCACAAAAGACUCAAAGAGAGCAACAAAUAACGUACAUGACUUCAAAUCCCUGUUGUUAUCAUGGAAUUGUAUCCUUGUUCAUUUAAAUGCCCGAAGAGUGUAGCUGUCAUGGUUUGCGUGUGGUUUCAACCGUUUUUGCUCUUUAUUUACUUUAGCGUAGUCUGUUAUAAGUAGCUUGUUUUUUAGUUUCUCUGGCUCACUUUCCUCGAUUUUGUUGACAGUAUUUUCUCUUAACAACGCAUUUUCAAUACAUUUAGCCAGAAAGACGUACUUUUUACUGUGUUCGGGUUUUUGGAAUAUUUUUUUAACUUUUCUAUUGUUGUUUUGCUGACAAAAUUAAAUCCCGUCGUCGUCUGCUGAAAACCAUGGCCAUUUUCUUGAAUUUUUGUUGUUAAAACAGCUCUAAUCUGAUUGGUUCUUGUUGGUUUCUUUUGUGUUUUCAGCCAAUCAGAAAGCAUUUGUAAUUUGCACUCGUGUUACAAGUUUGCACCCGUGUUACACAUUUUGCACUCGUGUUACAGAAGAGCUGCACUUCUUUCUCAGCCAAUCAGAAUUGAGUAAUUUUUUCGUGUAUAUUAUUAUGUAUGUUAAUUUUUUUUUUGAUGACGUGGAAGUAUGGUCAACAAGUUUCGUAAGGACUGGAUCAACAGGUCUAGAGCGAAGCGUUCCAUUUAUACUUCGACCGAAAUUUGCGGCGGUUCGUAAAAUGAAAAACACUUUUAGUAGGGCAACGGAAUGAUCUGUUUUCUUUUUUUGGCUCACAACAGGUCGAAUCGUUACUGGAAAAGUACAGGCUUAAAUACGGAGAUUCCUUUCCUCCAACAAGUGAGUGUGCACUGCAAAUAGCUCUCUUGAAGUUCCGAAGAUUUAACUGAAGUUAAAAGGUUUAUUCCAAUUUUAGACCACAAUCGUUUUAGAUCGAUAUCGCCUCAAAAUAAUAUUGACGACAUUUGAUAUAUAUACAGAUCAAAUCGACCAGUUACUUGAUGAUGCAGACAGUACUGAAAGCAUGGUCAAUCAGAUUCUUUACCGAAUUUUCACAUAUCAAAAAGGUCAUGACAAAGCUCUUCUUCCUACCGGUCCAAAGGUAAUUAUAUCAUCUAAGUGUAUUGACUACAGCCAACUCCCUUUAUACCGGACACUGAAUGGACCUUGAGUUAUUGUCCUCAAUAGCGAGAGUCCGCAAUAGCGGGAGUUUAUUUCAGUCAAACAUCUGUAAUAUAUUGUUCCCUGGGAUUUAGCAGCUGUCCGUAUUAUCGGGGUGUCCGUUAUAGCGGGGUGUCCCCAAGGCGAGAGUUGACUGUAUUACAAACGUUAUCAGGAUGGGGGAAGGGAAAAACGAAAAACAAAAUGUAUAUGACAUGUGUGUAUGUAAGCCGAGGUGACUGGGAGAAGAAAUUCUUGAAAACAUUUAGCGGCCCUCCCUUUCAAGUUGACUAAACCCAUAAACUAUUGAGGGAAACAAAAAAAACUGUCUCAUUAAGGGAAUACCCCAUCACGUUUGUGGUUGGCCCCUUAUUUGCAAAGAACAGCCAGAUCAUUUUUAACUUCCAACAGGUAUCCAUUUUGCACUUUUUAGACUUCCUGUAACUAUAUGUUUCUUUUACUUAAUUUUCAUUAUCGUUAUCGUUAAUAAAUUGUUUAUAGAAAGGUAAAAUUGUGAUAAUGAAAUACAUGAUAGACUUGAAUAGUUGUGUUAAUUCAAAGGCAUGGCAAACUCAUGAAGGCAUACUGGUGGAAGACUACCUCAUAACUUGUCUGCCACACGUUCGCAAUAUUUUGGGAAGUGGCGCUAGGUACAAAGUAGCAUUUUCCCGCCGAUUUCCACAUUUUGAGGUAAGUUUCAUUCUGGUUAAUUUAAAUGUUUAAUUCAAGGAUCACCUGAGGUGGCCUUAAUGUGAAAUAACCGAUAUCUUUCUUGCGCAGUUACAUAUCUUUUGAGCCCCACUAAGUAAAAAGAGCAAGCUAAGGGAACGCGAGUACUCGAGUUAAGUUAAGAUUUUGUACGGCUUAAGAAGUUAUUUUCACUUAUUUCCCCAAAACAUGUUCUUCUUGUUUGUUUUUUUGUUUUGUUUUGUUUUUGUCUGAAAUCUAGCUUGGUAAAACUUUGAGCAGUAAUUGUUGUGCCUAUGCACAGCUAUCAUGAAAGUUUUUCAAGAAUGCUUUUUUUUUUUUUUCAUUAGCAUUCAUUCAGAUAUCUCUUAUUUUCCUUGGCUUCUUUGCGUGAAGUAAAAAAAGUAAACUAUUUCGCGCUCCUUUAAAGGUGAUGAUUCUGGAAAGUGGAGAGACGAAAUAUAUUGCUUUUGGCGUGGUCUUUGAAGAUUACGACAUACGCCUAUUUCCAGGACUUGAAGGAACUGUGGGAUACUUUACAGAUUCUAAGAAAAUCUAUGAUUCAUCCUCAGAUUCUUGCAGAAAAACUACAGGUAUUUAUGUAGACUAAACUUCGCAUAACAUUGAACUACUUGAUAGGGUUACUGGAGAUACAUUAUGGCCGAAAAUUUGAGCAUUAGGGCUUUUGAGCGUCAUUCUCGAAUUACAACAGCAUUAUGCUUAAAAUUAUGCUCGAAAAUUGGCAUUAUGUUUGACUGAUCUUGGCUAUAUUUGGUACCCUUUUUUCAUGCCGGCAGACAGAAAAAAUACCUCCAUAAGCCAGAAACACAAUAUUUUAUGGCAUCAAUUACAAGUUUACAAGAAAUAAACGACAAAUAAUGUUCAAGUUAUUGAAAAAACUAAGUCUGUGAACUGGCCUCUUUUUUUAUUUCCCAUAGUAUGACGUUAUCGCAUCGAGCAUUGAAAGGAGAAAACUUCUACUUUAGGAUUCGGACGUCGACAGUCUCUAAUUAUGAAAAGCUAUUGUUACUCAGAUGCCAAACUAGUUAAAUAUUUUAUCUUGUGUUAGGCUCCACCGCAGCUCGCCGAGGUGACGUCAUUCGAUGCACUGUCCUGUUUGAAAAUGCGCAAGAGAUAGAGGGCAAAAUUCAAGUUCCUGUUGUUUAUAGUGUGAACGGAAGUAGGAUAGUUCCGGAAGAUAAAAAGCCAUCAUUAAUUGAAUAUAGCGACGACAGACCACUGUUCCCUUUCGUUGGUUUUGAUAAAGAAAAUAGCGUCUUGGCUAAGGUAUUAUUAUCUUGGCAUUUUGUUAUGUUCAUAACUCAACUGUGUCUUGGAAAUACGAGCAAUAUUGCCGAAAUCGUCAUCAUUUUGCAGGAGGGGGAAUGUGGGGGAGGGGGCGAGGGCUCUGCAGGCCGACGAUUAUGACCCGCCAUAUUAGAGCUUUUCUCUUGCUAGACGUUCAAAUUGAUUGUAAGAGUACAGAGUGCUUAUUCCUUGAGUGGUGAUAGCUUAUUCGAGCAAGACAGUAGAUUGACAGUCACUUUGUUUUUUUUUCUCCUUGCCUGUGAGAAAGAGAAUAGAAUUCAAAUUGGGUAGUGUUCUGCGAUGUUUGAAAUUAAUUUCCCUCAGAGCGUCAAACGUAUGCGGUUGGAAUUCUGCGACCCCUUUGGCCUGUGCAACUUUGGCUUUCGCGUGCACUCAGAAUAAAGCAACAUUUCCAGAAAACAACGCCUAGAAGGGAGAGGGAAGAAUUGACUCAAGAACGAGCAGUGUUCCUAUAUAUUACCUAUAUAUUCCUAUAUAUUACUGGUGUACUUUCAGUAAAAGGAACACUCCUCUAUGUUCCAAAGUGUAAAUGUUUUAUGCUGCAUACCCAAAGUCAGGUUGUCAUGAGGGAUUUCAGCGUUCUUCGUUUGAAGGGAUUUUUCUUAAGGGAGCUUUCAUGCUAAAUCUGUUUCUAAUGAAGUGACAUAUUUUUUUGUUGUCUUUUACAGAUGUCUUCUCGGGAGGAUAUUGACUACCAAAGCCAAGAGAUAAAAUCAAGACUCGCAGAAGUGGAGUCUAAACUUGAAUACUUUGACAAAAAACUUAAUGUUAUACGUCAAUGCUGUGAGAAAAAUAUUAUUUCUAUGGAUGCCUUGCUGGCAAAAUUAGGCGCAGAGGAAAACAAACCGUAA